GGCGGAGAGAACUUCCUGGUCAAGAUGGCGGCUCCCUUGACUCUACUUUUGAUUGUAGCUGUUACAAUCCGCGCGGCUCUGUUCCGAUCCAGUUUAGCGGAGCUGAUUGCAGAGAGGGUGGAGGUGGUGUCUCCCAUCACUGCCUGGAAAAGAGUUGUGGAAGGUUUGGCUUUACUUGACCUGGGAGUGUCUCCGUACUCUGGAGAUGUAUUCCAUGAGACGCCUCUCAUUAUCUACCUGUUUCACUUUGUGGUGGAUUAUGCAGAGAUCACAUUUAUGUUGGCCGAUGCUAUCACGGCUGUGGCUCUCUACUUGGCGGUGAAGGACUACAACAAACAUGUGUUCAGGAAGCAGAAGUUUGCCUUGGAGGCGGACCGCUACCCCCUGGACUCCCUGGAGCUCAUCAGGAGCCCCAGAGAAAUGUACUACAUCCCCCUGAAAGUGGCCAUGUUUUACCUCCUGAACCCGUUCACCAUCUUCUCCUGUGUGGCCAAGUCCACCUGCGGCCUGAACAACGCUGUCAUCGCGCUCUUCAUCCUCACCACCAUAAAAGGAAAUAUCAUCCUGAGUGCCAUAUUUCUCUGCCUGGCCACGUAUCAGUCCAUCUAUCCCCUCACGCUGUGCGUUCCAGCAAUGCUCUAUAUGAUGCAGCGUCAGUACAUCCCGGUGAACUUCCGGCGGGCCAGCUUCUGGUGGUUCGUGGUGCAGUACCUCUUCAUAUACUUCGGCAGCCUGUUCGUCCUCAUCUGUCUGUCCUUCUUCCUCCUGGGCUCGUGGGACUACCUGCCCUCCGUGUACGGCUUCAUCCUGUCGGUCCCUGACCUGACCCCCAACAUCGGCCUCUUCUGGUAUUUCUUCGCCGAGAUGUUCGAGCAUUUCCGCCUCUUCUUCCUCUGCGUGUUCCAGAUCAACGUGUUCUUCUACACCGUUCCUCUCUCCAUUAAACUCAAGUGA